CUUCCACUCUCGGACCGUGCCUCUUCUUCGUACCGACGCUCAAACCGAGGCAAAGGUCACCUUUUUAAUUUUUUUUUUUUUUAUUUAUUAGAUACUUUUAGUUUAUGGGUUUUUUUUUUCCCUGUACUAUUCUUAAUUCUUUGCCUCCCCAAGUGGGAACUCCUGUCCUGUGGAUGAGAAGACUCAGAAGAGAAGAGAAGAGAGAGAGAAGGAGAGUAUUGCAGAGCAAAAGUGGAAAUCCCUAGUGGAUUUCUGGGGUUUGACCGGAAUUUCAUCGUGACCCAGGUGAGCAAAACUCUCUCUUUCCGGUCGCAAGUGUGAUUUGUAGCUUGAUUUCUUGUGUUUUCGGGAAACAAUCUAUUGCGGGUUGUAGUUGAAGUUAGCGCCUUUUUAAGAGAGUCAAAGGGCAGUUGGAUUGUUUGUGGACUGAAUAUGUUAGAUUGCUGCAAGAUCCAUGCUAGGUGUUUGUGUUCUCUAAUCUGUUGAUUUGAUGAUCUGAGUGGUAUUAGAUUUUAGAUUGUAGUAUUUUUGUUUAAUUCUUAAAGAAAUUGUACCAUCUAAAUGAGGACUUAGAUUAUAGUUGGGGUCAAUUUUUUUUGUCUUUUUCUUUUUCUUCUGAAUUAGGAUGUAAUGGGUUGAAAAAAAAAAUAUGAUGGGGAGUUACAGCGAAGAGGAAGAGGAUCAGUUUUAUGAUACACGUGAAGAGAUCUCUUCUGUGUCGGAUUGGAGUUUGGAUGGUUCUGGGGACUGUAGUUCUAGUAUUGGGCACUCUGCCGGUGUUUCAGGUAGUUUUUGGUAUGAGAUUUGGAUCAACAACCCGGAAAGUGUACAAGAGCGCCGCCUUAGGUUUCUGAAAUGGAUGGGGUUAACUUUAGAUUGGAAUUCGGUUAUGAGAGAGGAUCUGGGAGAUGGAUUAUAUGACAAAAUCGAAGAGGGUAUUGACAGAAUCAUGGAAAAUAGUGGGGCGGUGUUGAGGACUAUGGGUUUCGAUGAAGGGUUUUCAUUAAGUCAGCCUACUGUGUCCCCCAUAUCAGAUAAAGUGUUGGAAUCGUUAGAAAAUGGUGCUUCAGAAGAUAAUUGCGUGUUUACAAUCAAGAAUUUGGAUGAUGGAACUGAGUUCCUUGUGGAUGAACUGGGUCAGAAUGGAAUGCUUAGCAGACUACAAGAGGUGGGUUCCAAUCGAGCGGUUAGUUUUGAAGAAUUUCAGAAAAAUUGCAGGCCAUCUUCGUUGGUUCAGCAUCGCUUGCGGAAAGAAGUUGAUGAGGCAAGAUUUUCAGUAGGUGCAAAGAAGAAAGCGAAGAGGGGUUGGCUAAGGACAUUAGGUGCUGCAGUUUGUAUUGUUGAUACUGCCGCUUUAAGGCCUGGUGGUAAUCUUGAACCAACGUCAGGUACAGGGAUGCAAAGAGUUCGGGUUCAUUCUUAUAGAAAACGGUCCAAGGAACUGUCUUCCCUUUAUGCUGGACAGGAAUUUCUGGCACAUGAGGGGUCAAUAUUGACAAUGAAAUUCAGCCUGGACGGGCGGUAUUUGGCAAGUGCCGGCAAGGAUGGAAUAGUGCGCGUGUGGAUGGUGAUUGAAGCUGAGAGAUCAGACGACUUCAACGUUCCAGAAAUUGAUCCUUCAUGUGCAUACUUCACAAUGAAUAAUCUUUCUGAAUUGGCUCCUCUUGAUGUGGAUAAAGGGAAAUUAGGGAAGAUGGACAAAUUGAGGAAAUCAUCAGAUUCAGCUUGCGUCAUUCUCCCACCAAAGGUCUUCCAGAUAUUGGAGAAGCCUCUACAUGAGUUCCAGGGACACACCGACGACGUUUUGGAUCUCUCAUGGUCCAGAAAAGGGUUUCUGCUGUCAUCCUCUGUUGAUAAGACAGUUCGACUAUGGCAAGUGAGAUCUGACAGAUGCCUUAGAAUUUUUUCUCAUAAUACUUAUGUGACAUGUGUUGAUUUUAACCCUGUGGAUGAUAAUUACUUCAUCAGCGGUUCAAUUGAUGGAAAAGUUCGCAUCUGGGAAACUGUUGGAUGUAAGGUUGUUGAUUAUAUUGAUACCAGAGAGAUAGUCACUGCUGCAUGUUAUCGUCCUGAUGGAAAGGGAGGAAUUGUGGGCACCAUGACUGGGAGCUGUCUUUUUUAUGACAUCAUAGAUAAUCAUCUGCAACUGGAUGCUCAAUUAUACUUACAGAGCAAAAAGAAGUCACCAGGCAAGAGGAUAACUGGAUUUCAGUUUUCCCCAGGCGACCCGAGCAAAGUAAUGGUCACUUCUGCUGAUUCAGUAGUUCGUAUUCUUUUGGGCCAUGAUGUCAUUUGCAAAUUCAGGGGUCUUCGAAAUGCAGGAAGCCAGAUGUCUGCCUCUUUUAGCUCAGAUGGGAAACAUAUUGUCUCAGCGAGUGAGGAUUCAAAUGUCUAUGUCUGGAACUUCAUGAACCAGGACAGGCCUUCUUCCCGAGCAAAGGCUAUCCGGUGUAGUGAGAGUUUCCACUCCCACAAUGCAUUAAUUGCUAUACCUUGGUGUGGCAUUCAAACCACGUCAGGAACCCAUCUAUCCCCAACAUUGAGUGCUGAUAUUUGGGGAAGUGUUAAAAAUGGGUCGAACCACCACAACUUCAAUGAGAAUUCAGACCAAAAAAUGCCUCUAUCUUCACCUGAUUGUUUCUCUCUGAGCCGUGGGUUUCUAUUGGAGUCUUUACCAAGGGGAUCUGCAACUUGGCCUGAGGAGAAACUUUCUAAUCCAAGUCCAGUAAGUAUUUCACCUGCAGUGUGCAAAUCUGAGUACAAAAUUUUGAAGAGUGCUUGCCAGGGCAUGUUCAGUUCUCCCCACAUGUGGGGUCAUGUGUUUGUGACUGCAGGCUGGGAUGGGCGGAUUAGAACAUACCACAAUUAUGGGUUACCCGGUUGAAGUUGAUAAUGGGGUUUGGCAAAAUGGUUAGGUCUGACUUUCAGAUUUGCAACAUGUUGUUGCAGAUCCAAGUACAAGAUUUUGGAAGAGUUCUAGCUAGAGCAUGUUCACUUCUCCUGACAUGCGCUCAGUUGUGGUCGUGACUGCAGGCUGGAAUGGACAGAGUUGAAUGUGGUUGUUUAUUGGUCUUUGAAACCCUGGAAGAUCAUCAGACCUUAGUUUCAGUUGUUGGGCACUUAAAAGACAGUGAUUCGCCUUGUUUCAGGAGUGCACGACACUGAUUCAAACGAUUCUCUGCAUGUGCAGUGUGGUAUAGAUGACAGUUGUAUACUUGUAUUGCCUUUUUUUUCUUUUGUUGGGGGGGGUGUUCUAUUGAGGACCCUUCAUAGAUUACCAAGUGUAUUAUAAUCCAGUCAGGCCAUGAAAAAGUGGCAUAGCUUUUUUAAAUUACUGCAGUCCAGCCAAGUUGUCAAAAUGAGGCUAUGGAUUGAUUUUGUAUUAGAUUCUCAUAUAGGGGUUUAAUUAUAUGAUUCUUUUAUUUGUUCAA